GCUUUAUAAAAACAGGCCCCGCCCCAGCUCCCUCAUGGGCCUGUCCACUGGGCAUCCUCCUGCCGCACAGAAACCCGCCCAGCCGGGGCCAGCGACCCACCCCCUGCCUGGGAACUUAAAGGAGGCCGGAGCUGUUCAGGGAGCUCAGAGCUGCGAUCCUACGGGAGUCCAGGGCUGGAGAGAAAACCUCUUUGAGGAAAGCAAGGAGCAAGUCGCGAAUUUCAGGGACGCUGUGAAGCAGUUAUGAGUACGGUGAAGACAGGGCUCUGCUGUGUGCUGCUGCUCUGUGGAGCAGUCUUCGCCUGGCGCAGCCAGGAAAUUCAUGCCCGAUUCAGAAGAGGAGCCAGAUCUUACCGAGCGCUCUGCAGAGAUGAGAAAACGCAGAUGAUAUACCAGCAGCACGAGUCAUGGCUGCGCCCCGUGAUCAGAAGCAACCGGGUAGAAUAUUGCUGGUGCAACAGCGGCAGGGCACAGUGCCACUCCGUGCCCAUCAAAAGUUGCAGCGAGCCGAGGUGUUUUAAUGGGGGCACCUGCCAGCAGGCCCUGUACUUCUCAGAUUUCGUGUGCCAGUGCCCCGAAGGAUUUACUGGGAAGCAAUGUGAAAUAGAUACCAAGGCCACGUGCUACAAGGACGAGGGCAUCAGCUACAGGGGCACCUGGAGCACAGCAGAGAGCGGCGCUGAGUGCACCAACUGGAACAGCAGCGCGCUGGCCCAGAAGCCCUACAGCGGGCGGAGGCCGGACGCCAUCAGGCUGGGCCUGGGGAACCACAACUACUGCAGAAACCCGGACAGAGACUCAAAGCCCUGGUGCUAUGUCUUCAAGGCAGGAAAGUACAGCUCGGAGUUCUGCAGCACCCCCGCCUGCUCCAAGGGAGAAAAUGGUGACUGCUACUUUGGGAAAGGGUUAGCCUACCGUGGCACCCACAGCCUCACCACAUCGGGUGCCUCCUGCCUCCCGUGGAAUUCCAUGAUCCUGAUAGACAAGGUUUACACGGCAUACAACCCCAAUGCCCAGGCACUGGGCCUGGGCAAACAUAAUUUCUGCCGGAAUCCUGAUGGGGAUACCAAGCCCUGGUGCCAUGUGCUGAAGAACCGCUGGCUGACGUGGGAGUACUGUGAUAUGCCCUCGUGCUCCACCUGUGGCCUGAGACAGUACAACCAGCCUCAGUUCCGCAUCAAAGGAGGGCUCUUUGCCGACAUCGCCUCCCACCCCUGGCAGGCUGCCAUCUUCGCCAAGUACAGGAGGUCGCCGGGAGAGCGGUUCCUGUGCGGGGGCAUCCUCAUCAGCUCCUGCUGGAUUCUCUCCGCCGCCCACUGCUUCCAGGAGAGGUUUCCGCCCCACCACCUGACGGUGAUCUUGGGCAGAACCUACCGGGUGGUCCCUGGUGAGGAGGAGCAGAAAUUUGAAGUAGAAAAAUACAUUGUCCAUAAGGAAUUCGAUGAUGACACUUACGACAAUGACAUUGCGCUGCUGCGGCUGAAGUCGGAUUCGUCCCACUGUGCCCAGGAGAGCAACGUGGUCCGCACCGUGUGCCUCCCGGCGGCUGACCUGCAGCUGCCCGACUGGACGGAGUGUGAGCUGUCUGGCUAUGGCAAGCAUGAGGCCACUUCUCCUUUCUAUUCGGAGCGGCUGAAGGAGGCUCAUGUCAGACUGUACCCAGCCAGCCGCUGCACAUCCCAACAUUUAUUUAACAGAACGGUCACCAGCAACAUGCUGUGUGCUGGAGACACUCGGAGCGGUGGGCCCCAGGCGAACCUGCACGACGCCUGCCAGGGCGAUUCGGGAGGCCCCCUGGUGUGUUCAAAGGAUGGCCGCAUGACUUUGGUGGGCAUCAUCAGCUGGGGCCUGGGCUGUGGAAAGAAGGAUGUCCCGGGUGUGUACACCAAGGUUACCAACUACCUAGACUGGAUUAAAGACAACAUGCGACCGUGACCGGGAACACUCGACUUCUCAAAAGCAAACGAGACCCACCUCUUCCUUUUCUUCAGAAGACACUGCAAGGGUGGAGUGCUUCUCCAUACAGACUUCUCCAGACCCACCACACCGCAGAGGUGGGAGGAGAGCCUCCAGGAGAGGGAAGAGUGCAUUUUCCCAGAUACUUCCCAUUUUGGAAGUUUUCAGGAGUUGGUCUGAUUUCAGUAUACUCCAUCAGAUGGGAAGACGUGAAUGCACACUCACCUCUCCAGGAAUACCUCCUCCCAGGGCAGAGAGUGGGCAUGCCACCAUUUUCAGCUAAGCCCAACCUCCUGACCUGUCACCAUGAGCACCUUUGGAAACAGGACCACAAAGAUAAAAGCAUGUCUCAAUAGUGAAACAAGAUCUUUCAGGAAAGACGGAUUACAUUAGAAAGAAACUGUAUAUUUAUAGUCACGAGAGCCCAGCAGGGCCUCAAAGUCGGGGUGGGCUGGCCAGCCAGCCAUGUUCCUCAAAAGCACCCUUAACAUCACGUCUCCUUCCCCUUUCCCUGCUCCCUGGCUCUGGGAAGGUAUUCCUUUUGUGUACAGUGUAAAGUGUAAAUCUUUUUUCUUUAUAAACUUUAGAGUAGAAUGAGAGAAUUUUUUAUUUGAGCAAGUAGGCUUCGGCAUAUUUAUAGCAAUCCACGUUAGUUUUUACUUUCUGUUGCCAUAACCCUGUAUUAUACUGUACUUAAUAAAUUCAGAUCUAUUUUUCACAGUUUUUCCAAAA